UCGAUGAGUUCCCACACAACCUUACACCCCUUGUAAUCAAUGGAUGGAUCAGUCCAAAAUAGAAAGCGUGCCGUAAAAUAUUAAUCUGGAAUAUUGUACGGUACAUUUGCUACACUUACGAAAGGAAAUUACAUAAAAAGUUAUCUGUCUUACGAAUUUACAUUAGUACAUGUGCAUAGUGUAUGUGUGUGCUAUUGAUGUGUGAACGGUAUGUAAUACAUUUGGGACGUAAACAAAGCGAUCAAUGGAGAUAGUUGUGUAUCGUUAAAGGUCGGUGAUUAUUACGGGACAUUCAGGUCUCGUAAGAACGUUACAUACAUGCAUAUAAUAUUAUGGGGGAUUUUUCCUCCCCCAAGCGGCGGGAUGUAGUCGAACGCUUGAGGAGGCGAUUCGAUAUUUACAGAAGACAUCAAAAUAAAUCUGCAACCAGAUAUGACAAUACUAUAAAUAGCUUAUAUGAACGUGAAAGACAAGAAACUUUGUUGUUACGUGAACGGUGGCUACAGAGUAAAGCAAAAAAGGCUUCUAAGACUAAAAAGGACAGUUCUGGAGAGCAUAGGAAUUUAGGGCUUACGAAAUUACUCAAGAAAAAGAUCGAUAGUAGCCAAUCAGAGAGUCAGAAUCUUGACACUAGUGCGUUCGAUUUUGAUGAGUCGGACACCAUUACUACACAGAAAACGGUUAAAGGUGGAUCCGGAGUCGACGUGUCUGUUCGCAUUGUUCAGGAAAUCACGGGCGGAAACUCGCAGCAAGUACAAACAAACGUAGCCGUUAGUACUACAGUCAAAACACACAUAGAAUCGAAAGAUAAGCCAUCAACUAGUGUCGAAACAAGUACAAAAUUUGAGUGUAAGCAAGAACCUUGUGAUGACAUUCCGGGUAUACAUUCUAAUAAAUCUGAUAUAAGUCACACUGGCUCAGAAAUCCUUGAUCAAGAAGAGCUGGAAGAAAUAUUAAAAACAAUUGAAAAAGAUGAAAGUAAAUUAAGUGACGAGAUUUUCGAAGAAUUACAAAAAUUUGACCAAAUUUACAGUAAAGUGUCCCAAGAGGAUAGUAAUGACUCAAGUAUGUUUGGCAGUAUGACCGGAAGUUCUCCAGGCUUACACAAACAGCCUCCUUAUGAUCCCGGAAGUGCUGGGAAUACCGGAAAUAUGUUCGAGAGUCCACCUUCCAAUCCAGUAAGAACGCCACCCGUCCCAUUUAGACAACCGGGGGCAAUUACUACUAUGACUGAAACUGGUCCUGCAGCUGAAACGCUUAAACAAAUGGCUGCACAACAUCAAAGUAACCAACAUCACGGGGGCUCACAGUAUAAACAAUUCAAUACACACAUUCAAGAGGGGAACUAUACGAACCAGUACCCUCCAGCUAUGGACACGUCUUACGGAUACGGUAACCAACAGAAUAUAAAUAAUAUGAGAAACGGUAAUGUUGUUUAUCAGGAAGGAAACCAAGACAUGUAUGCAGGAACGAAACCAUUGACUCACUAUCCGGGGGUUGGAGGAAACCCCACGCCUUCUUCCCUACAACAAUUACAAAAUCAGGUGCAGUCUUUCAGUCAGAGUCCUCAGAUGGAGAUAACACAAACACAACAGAUGCACGUGAGUGACGGGUCACGCAGACUACAAAUGUCUCAGACACAACAGAUGCACAUGCGUCAACCGCCACAAAAUAUAUCUAUGUCUCAACAUCAGUCAUUUUCAAUGCCUAACAACAUGGCACAAAGACAGUCACCGGGUUACAUGAAUGAACAAAUGAAAAUGCAGCAAAUGUACCAAGAAAAAAUGAGACAGGAGCAACGUCAUCAAAGCAUGCAGGCGGCGCAAAUGCAACAAUUCAUGAGACCUCCACCCGAAUAUAAACAAUCGGAGGGAUACUCCGCUAGUAGACAAAACCCCUUACAAACAAUGCAAGACAUGGUCGAACAAACAAACACCAUGCAGACUUCUGGAUAUGGAAGUGUCAAAACUGAAAACACACCUCAUAUCCAGAAUGGCAUGAUGCAAUCUGCUCAAAUGGCCGCCAUGCAGCGAGGACCUUCUAGCUCAACGAUUAAUACGGGGCCAGUUAUAUCACAGAAUGAUGCAGGGUAUCAUAUGCCACAAAUACAACGUCAACAGUCGUACCCGGGGGGUAUAGACUCCUCGUUAGUGCGUCAAAAUCGUCAAAAUGGACAUGGGUACACGAGUGCUAUAAUGCGAAACCAGAGACCUCCGAAUGUCAAUGUUGGACCAGAUGGCUUAAAUAUUUCACAACCCCGUACACAAGAAUGGCCUCGUCACAUGAUGCAUGGAACUAUGAACGGAAUGGCCAGGCCACAAAAUCCCAAUAUAAUGUAUAACAACACAUAUGCAGGCCAAGCUGGAACAACUGUGACUAAUGUUAAUCAGACAAGGCCUAUGCAGAUGACGGCAUUGCAAUCUCAAGCUAUGAUGCAAAACAAUGCACAGGCGCAACACAUGAUGAUGCAACAACAGGGCAUGCAGAUGUCUCAAAGAAUGGCAAUGGCCAAUCAAAACAACUCUAGCUUUAAUCAGCGUCCACCACAACAAGAUGACUUCAUGAACAUCUUAGAUAGUGCUUCUCAAAGCGGCAAUUCCGAUUACAUAGAUAAUAUGGCUGCACAAAGUACAGGUGUCAGCAGUGAUGCUGCUUGGUUAGAUGAAAUUCUAAGUGGUAACCGAGACUUGUGAAUAAAUGUGGAUAUUCAUAUUCAUAGAGUUUAAUUUUACGCGAAAUCAUAAAACAAACUUAAUCACUGCGAGCAAGAUUUAAGGUUCAUCUCAGGAGUUACUUGUACAUAUUAGGUAGAGAUAUUAAGAAUUGUGGGUAAUGAAACAAUGCGAAAUAAUUAUUCUUGUGUGACGGAAUUAUGUCGCAUAAUACGCAUAUAUCCAUUACUGUUAAAUGACUUCGUACACCUUGAGAUGGCUUCGUUUGUGAUAAGUCAGAAGUACUUAAGAAACCGGAGACUACCUCGAAGUGUGUAUAUCUUUGUAGAAGAUAAGUUUCUUAUUACUUUUUAUCACAAGAAUGUUGAAUCAGGGAAAAUUUAAAUCAAAUGAAACGUAGAAAACAGAUAAAGGCCACACCAUAUUGAUGUUUUGUUAUUAUCAGCCAUAUAAAGGCCACAAUAAUGAAAUACGUGUUUUUUGGCGUCAAUUAAAUUUUGUUUGUGUUGGGACAUGUAACCUUAAUGUGUUUCUCUUAAUGACUCACAGAUUAACACCUGUUGAUGAAUGCAUUUAUUCCACAAAUCUGAGUGUAGAGAGAUGUAGACUGGGAACAAAGUGUAUGUGCGUCUGUUUUCAUGGUAUCAUAAUUUAAAACUCAAACAACUAUUUACAAUUGAUUGUCGAAUGCUAUGAAAAACCUUUUUAUUUGUUAGGUAAAAAUAUUAGUACAAUUUAGUUAAUCUACAUUUUUCAAACUGCUUUUACUUUUUUUUUUGGGGGGGGGGGGGGGGGGGGAGGGAUCAGUUAUCAGGUUUAUCAACGUAAUCAAAUUCUUUAAAUAUAUAUGAAAAUAAAUUAAUUUAUGGAAGAGAAAUUCUUGUCAUGAUUGACAAUUUGUACACAACAAAAUAGGGAUAUUGAAGAUUUAUUUUCCUGUGGCCUCGGCAGAUUUUUAGCUUGCAAUUUUAUUGUAUUAUAUUUAAGGGAAUUGUAUGAAAAUAGAUAGGGACAAUUUCCCUUGCUUUUUGUUUACACAUGAUAUCACUUUUUAAGAAAGAUAACAUAUAUAUUUCAUGCCUGUUGAAUUUAUGCACAAUUUACGAACAUUUCAUAUAAUUUGAUAGUUCUUGAACGGAAAGCACAACUAUAGAAAUGGUUGCGUGGUGUAUGUGAAAUAUUUUUGGUGCUCAACGAAAAUUGAUAAAAUGAGGUGUUUGUCUUUAUUUUUUAGAAAUCAAGCACAUUUGUUGACAUUGUAUUUUUCUAAUAUCGGCAGUUGACCAUUUAUAACAUCGUAUAUGCUACAGUCAUUGUGGUCUUUUUUAAUAGACUGUAUGAAUUUUGCUCAUUGCUGAAGGCCGUGCAAUUACACAUGUUUGCUACAUCUGCUCAGUAUGGACUCUGCAUUGGCAAUCAUACCACAUCUUAUUUUAUACUUUAUCGGUAAACACAAAUGAACUAUUAUGCGAUUCGCGGUUUUGUUGUAAUGAUACAUGUCCUAAAACGAGGAAAAUAAAAAGCCUUUCAUACGAAAACUGAAAUUUGAGGGUUAAGUUUUAUAGAUAUUUUAGUAAGCAGCGACGGUCUGGUCAAAUUCAGCAAGCACUUCUGAGAUAUGUACCUUGUGUUCAUCACUCGAUGAUCAUGAUGGUGUGACAGCUUUCAUCAAAAUUAUCUGCAGGUGACUGACACUAAAUAAGUGAAACAAAUUCAAGGGAAAUUGAGCCUUCAUCAUUUGGUUGAAAUAUUCCACUUUUUAUAUAACAUUGUUUUAGUUUUUAUCGUACGUUUCAGAGAGUUGUCGAUCUCGUAAUUUUUAUACAUGUAGAUAAAUUUCAAACUGUAUUUAUUUUUUAAAGCAUUUUUUCAUUCUGUACAAAGAACAUGUAAUCAUUUUGAAUUUAUAGAUUUUAGUAUGUAAUGUUAAUACCAAUAGCAAAGAUGGACUGUCCAUGAAAUGUAUCCAUCUAGCUUUUCUCUAUCCAUCGAAACAAAUCUUCAGUUCAAAACGAAGAAGGCUUAAUACAUAUACAUGUACAAUAUCGAAGCACAAGUAUACACAAAUGGUAAUAGUAAAAGUCCACACGUCACAGGUCUUUUCACUAAGAAUCUUGCGUAAACAAUUGAUUAUAAUAGUUAUAAUGUAUAUAAUGUAUAGAACUUGUAAGUUUAUUGUUCCUUGUCUGAUUUUUGUGUGAAAUUACUGCUUGAUACUUUCGUCCUGCACGACAAGCAACCAUGUCUCGCCCUAGGCCGCAAUUAACAAAUUAUUAUAUUGAUGUUGCCUACCCAUGCCUUGUAGGGUAGAUGUAUAUGUGGCUUUUUUAAGCCAACACCAUAUGUUACAUAGUUUAGACAAGAAAACGAAAUUUUAGAGCACAAACAAGUCUUUUUAAACAAAGUAAAACGAUUUGUGUCAUAAUUUCUAUUAGGGUAAGCUGCUUUUUAGGUGGAUUGGUCGGCAAGAUCUUUUAAUUUUAUUGUUGGCCUUCGUAUUACCGGUAUAAAGAUUCUGUACAAAAUUGGGGUUCGUCUUUUUCAUAUCUGACCAUGUGGUAAUAUACAACGUUAGAACUGAAGAUUUGUUUCAGAGAAUUUUCUUAAACGAGAACACAGAAAACCGACAAACAUUGUUAAUAUAGUGCGCUACUAACCAAUAUCUCGAAUUCAUCUGUCUUUGUACGAAGUCAAAUGUAAAUAGUACUUAAAAAAUGUAGGGUUGAUUCAGAGAAACAUUUUUGGCGGGAAAUUAAUAUAAUUUCCUCAUGGAAUCAACCCCUUUGACAAUGACAGAGGUUUGUUAUAAAUGUUUGUCGUUCAUUACUUGUACGCUAUAGUAGAUCAUACAUUUGUAAUUGUUUAUUUCCUUUUUGGAAAAUCUAGAUACAUACUUGUUACAUUUAAGUUUUUAUAAUUAAAAUAUUUUACAAUAUA